CACACUCUCAACAAUGUGGAGCUACACUGAAAGGAGUGACAGGGUCUCUGCAAUCACCAAAUUUUCCAGACAGUUACCCAGCAUUCGCUAAUUGUGUUUGGAAAAUUGAGAUUUUGCCUCCUAAAGUUAUUGAGUUAAAAGUAAGUAGUUAGGUUCAUCACUUCAAAUUUUUUAUUGAAUAUGUUGUGUAUUUUUUAUUUCGUCAUAUCCUUUUCCACCCAAAAUACUAGUGGCUUUUCAAGUAUCAAGAUGUACACUUUUAUGCAACAUUAAUUGUAACUGUUUGCUUCCAUAGUUUUGUAUAAUUUAUUACAUCAUAGAUUUUGUACAGUAUAUUAUUUGACAAUAGGAUAGCCCAUUUUACUUCUGUAUUUUGUUUGCUAUUAUAGGUUAGAGGUCUUCAUAGACUUGCUGGUCUUACAAAAUGAACUGAUGAUAUCUGUAUUGCCCUCCCUCUCCUCCCCUUUCUUUCAAAUUAUUUAAAUACUUUUACCCAGCUUACUUUUUAUACACUUUGUUAUUGUGUUUAUGUAACAAAAAUACAAAUAAUAUUGCAUUUAAGUUUAAAAAUAUCAAGCAAAUAUAAUGUUACGUCUCACACAGCACCUCAUUCUAACUAUUGAUUUUUUAGAUACAGAGUCUUGAUAUUGAAAACCUGUAUGACUGGCUUGAGAUUUAUGACGGCAUUGAAAUGACAGACGCAACUUUAUUAGAGCAUUUUGAUGAAAGUUUGUCAGAGAAAACAGUCGUGUCAACAGGGAGCUUCGUCUACG